AUGGAUCGUUCAAGUCCAACCACCGGCGCUCCCAAGCCAGCUCAUCAGAUCCAAUGGCGUCCGCGAAGCGACGUCGCCGUCUUCGUCAGAACUCUCCAUCUCCUGGAUCUGGACCUCCUCCCCGAUUUCCCGGGGAUAGCUGAAUCGACCUUUGCCAGGACCACAUCCACUUCCGCGUCCAUGUCUAGGUCGGCAGCAAGUCAGCCACAAACCCCUCAGUCUCGCAUCAAAGCAGUUGAGUGGAGUUUCUACCGGCUCUUCCAGAUCUACGACGCCGAAGGUACACGCGCAAAGCUAGCGAGCCAUUUCCCGCCCGCGGCACCCAUCCAAUCGUUAAACCUCCGUGCCGGGAUUUACAAAUGGCUGACCGAGCUGAAGAAGGACGGCAUACUUCCCCGUGAGACGGUGUUGCGGAAGACGAUGCUGGAUGAAUGUAAAGGCGAGAAGUUUGAGGAGUUGCUCGCCGCCUUCGCCAUGCUUGUUUUACGGGCAAGUCUGGCGAGGAACGCCGAUCAGUCUGUCAAGGGCAGGGAAAGAUGGACUGGGGCAGUCAAGACAUGUCGAACUCCAGAUGGAGAAGACGUUGUUCCAUUGAUCCUUGCCCAUCGAUUCCUCCUCCAGCAAUCGCUGCGAAAGCGUCAGGAUCUUCGCGAAAAAGCUACCGUCCACGCGCACGACCUGAAACGACUCCAAAGCGAUAUCACGACGAGGCUGCAGCUGGCGUCGCAACCAGGAGACGUUGAAGAAUUGUCUGCGGAGGAGUACGAGGUGCUAAAGGAUCAGGUCAAUCAUGCAUUUGCCGCGGACCGACAAUGGGCCGCCUAUAUCCUGCAGGGCAAUCCUGCAUCCACGACCCUUUCCGCUGCGACGCAAGAGGCACUCGAUUGGACUUCCGGAGAAUCCGCUCCGUCUAUGUCGGGCGUGGAGGAUCGGUUUCAAGACACCCUGGACAGCUCGCAGGCUGAACAAGCGAUGAAGCGCUUACGACAGUCCACACUAGAUCACCAGGCACAAGUACAGCGCCUGGAACGUCUCCGGACGUCUCUGCUCGCAACCACUCAGUCACAACCCCGGCCUACUCCUUCGCCUACAUCCACGCUCCCACCUGCGCCGGUGGGUGCCAGACCUACCGAAAGCAGAGAUCAGAAGAAAACCUCGGCCGGAUCACGCUUCAACAAACACCAGACGCUGACCGUCACAAGCCUUAUGGGCUAA